UCUUAACCUCGCACAUCGCAGACAGAAAAGAAAUGCGUAAUGCGAUCGUCACGACGAACUGCUAAGGAUGAAAAUUAUUCGAAGGAAAAUUUUGUGAAGCAACAAAAGACGUUAAUGUUAAGAUGUUUGUUCAUUAACAAACAUUAUUUGUGAGAUAGAAUUAUUCAGAAAUGGUGAAACUUUUCGGGGCGAUAGAACUCUUCAAGGACAGUCAAUCACGAACAAAAAUUACGCUGGUGGAGUAGAGUUUUUCAGAACAACGAAAUUAUCCGUGGGAAAAUCGAUGCUUGCGACUAAAGUGGCAAGUUCUUCACCAAGAGUAAAAUAGACCCUGACGUACGUCUAUAAUCAUAAAAAUUGGAGCAGCAAAGCUAAAGAGGGUUGACGCGUGUUUCGUGCCGAUUGUCAAAGACCAAAGUGAUGCUUGACACGCGACUGAAUAUUCAAUCAAAAUUGAUGACUGGAAGGGUAAAUAAAAUUUUCGUGAAGAAUGCCCUUCAUGCAAAACGAUGCUUAUCGCACUGACAUGACGUCAUCCAAGAUUGAAUGCUGAAUACCGAUCACUAAUCGGCUAAUUACAGAAGUAAUAGAAUUGUUAUUAAGAUGUUAUUAAGAUAAGAGAAAUAAUAGAAAUAAUAUCAAACAGCGAUGUAAAGAAUUAUAUAAUCUCACCAUUAUCUCUUUUUGCUUCUAAUCUUCGUAAUGUUAAAUAAAUAAGUAAUGAACUAAUGCGAUAUGUAUUCUACAAGUCUUCGAAAUAAUAUUAUUGAUGAAGACUAUAAGCGUAUAAAAUAAAAGUUAAAACAAAAAAAUGUUAGAGAUUAUUUAAUCAUGUUCUACGAUUAAUUAAACGAUGGCAAAUGAUAUGCUGCUCAAGGCUUCGUUUUUGCUGAGUGUGGUUCCGUUAACUUUGACUACGGACGAGCAAAUCGUGUGCUCUAAAAACAGCACGAUAUUGGAGACCACGGGUGAUGCUAUUUUAACCGUCUUCGUGGACGCCAAUUAUGGACAGUAUUGCAACAUAUCAUCAGUUAAGGGUCUCCAACAAAUAUCAACGGCGCUACAUGUAGUGCGGACUUUGAACAAAUAUGACUACGUACCGGGUGUGAAAUUGGGAUUAAGAUUCCUCGACACGUGUCAAGAUGGGAUUACGGUGUUCAGGCAGGCUUUGCGAACAGCGGUCGAGCGAAAUUGCGCACCGGACUAUGAGAUGGGCGUACUGGUGCCGUUCCAGUAUGGUCCUACAGUGGAUUCCCUACGCUAUUACGGCGGUUUGCUUAUUAACACCUACGGGGAACGGAAUUUCACGGAGCCUACAAUUGACAUUUUAGCGCACUACCUAAGCACAAGGCACGAGAUCGUCGAUCUAGUGCUCGCCAAUGCGAACCACAUUCUCGAUCGUUUCCUGAAGAUCACUAGAAAUGCCGGUGUAUGCGUAAAGCGACAUGACAAGCAUGUCAACGAUAAUAAGGACACGAACGUCACGGAAGCAGUGAUAAUCGCGAUCGGCGAGGGAAGUGACAUACAACAAUGGUUACGAGAGAGCGAGAAAUCGAAGGAUUCCAAGAAGACGUGGCUUCUGUUGCCGCUCGAUAAUCCGGACAUUGAUGAUCUUAUACCAUCCGGAUCGUACAUCAUCAAACCGGAAACUCCUUUCUCCGAUUUCGGCGAAUUCUCAAACAUGGACGAAUUUCUAGAGAACACUACAAAUUUCGCAAACUACUCUCCGUAUCUCAUCGGUAUCGGCGGAGCCGUUGUCGAACUAGCAGACGUUCUCCAGGACAUUCAGAAAGGAAACUGGUCUAUCGAUGACGAGGAGAGUUGUGUCGCGUCACAGUUUCAUCCAGAAUCGAGGCGUGAAAUUCGUGAUUCCGAUGUCUACAAGGCUCUGCACAUACAACCGAAAUCGCACUCGGUAAAAUACGUCGUCGCCACGAAGACGCAGCACGGGCUCGUCAAUGUCGCUUUCUACAAAAUUGAAAUGUCUAAGUUGCGCGUUCAUCCGGAGAGAAUAAUAUCCGAAAUGCCGGGGCUCUGCUUGGGCAAUCUCGUUGGGAAUUGCGAGAACUGCACGAAUUUUCGUGGGCGCUCCGACACGCCUGUUAUUGCGAAAGACAAAACAGACGUCACCGGCAGAAGCGUCCUCAAGAACACCGUCUACGUUCCUAUUUUCCUGAUCGCUAUUGUGUGCGGUACGCUCGCGUGCUGCGUCAUCGUGAUCUUUAUUGUCCGCCGUUUCGCGACCGACGAGAUGCUCGACGGCAAUCCGACCCUCACGAUUGUCCUCAUCCUGGCCAACAUGUUUACCUUGCUAACAACGCUGCCCUUCUGCAUGACGGACGAUUAUUUCGGCACGGAGAAUCUCAAUGCUCGUAAGAUUCUGCUGACUACUCUCGCAUUCGGCCUCACGUUCUCGAUCAUGCUCUCGAGAGCACUCUUUCUAGCCUUGUCCUCGGGCGAUGUUUUCAUCGCUCAUAUUAACGGAUAUCUGCAGAGUCUCAUGACGUUCUUUAUGUGCGGCGUGCAAGUCGCGAUGUCGAUUAUAUAUUUCGUUCUGAAUACCACGGAAUCAGCCGUUAUCGUCAGAAGCCCUAUCUUUCUUGCAUUAUUAGGAUACGACAUGUUUUUAUUGCUUGCGCUGUUCGUCGCUUGCUGCUUCAUCACGCAGGUACAACGCAACUAUCGCGAGGGGAAAUUUUUCUUCGGCACUGCCAUCAGCUUGCUGGUAGUAUGGGCGAUAUGGCUGAUUUGCUUUGUAUUAAUGCAGCCGGAGAAUCGUGACACGAUUGUCUCCUUCGGCACAAUCGGCACAGCUUACUCAAUUAUCUUCGGUGUCUUAAUACCAAGAGUUUAUUAUAUGACCACGCAUCCCCUUAGAAGCAAAAACCCCGGACAAAGAUUCGAUCCCAUCGAUAUAUCACCCGAUUCGAUUGUCAACACGAUCAUCAGACAGUCACGUUACUCCUACGAUAACGUUUAUCCUGCUCAUGAAAGUCAAGUUCCACGAACGCCACCGACAUGUUUGGAUUAUUACGGCAAUCCAAGCCCGGGCUCGAAAUACCACGAUCGAUGGAGAAGUGCGAAUCACCGCGAAAUGCCUGGCUACAGUAAUUACGGAUUUCAAACGGAAAUGAAGGAGAUCGACAGUGCUCACGUCGCGCCGCGAACACGCAUUGAGAACAAAGAGUCUCUAAGAAAUCUUGAAGUGGCACCAAAUGACGUCAUUUACACGCAGCCAAAAAUCUAUAGAUCGCAGAGGAUAGUUUUGGGAGAAAACAGCAAUAUAAAAAGCACUUGUAAUAGACAUAAUUUGUCACCUAUCACUAAACCACAUCACGAAAUGUAUCCUAUAAGAUAUGCUAGCCCAAUAAAUAUAGCGAGGACAGAAAGAAUCAACGAGGAGGACGAGGACGAAGACGAAAACGACGAGGAGUAUCGGGAAGAUCAGGAGGACGAAGACGCCAGCAGAGUUACCCGCUUUUGACAGUUUUACCUAAUUUGUAUUCAUUUUAAUAUCCUGCGUUACGAAAAAGCUUGUAAAUUUUUCAUCAAACAAAUAAAUAACUUUCUAAUUAGACACUUAAGAAAAAUUGACAGUUUCCAAAACUUUUAAAAAAUUAAAGUGACUGAAAAGUUCAUCAGUAAACAAAGUAUGUAAUUUGUAAGUAUAAGAUUCUAGUUCUCUAUUUUUUUUUUUAAUCUUCUCUCUGCUUAGUAACCUUGAGUAUCUGAAAUUUCGCUAACCAUCGAAUUCUAUUGUAAUUAUUGGCGAACUCGCUGGCCAAUUCGAGGACGGAAGUCCGUCACUGCAUUAAGCGAGGCGGACACGAGCGGAAAGCUGCGCCGUGUGCGGCACAGAAUCAAUUUGGCGUGUACCUCAACGCCAAAAUUGCAUUAUGGUCGAUCGUAAUUUCGCAAGCAGGGUACAGGUGUGUGCUCCGCGAGAAUAUCGAUGACGAGAUAGCGAGAUAGCGGGUGCACAACAAAGGGACUCGCGAAAAUGAAGUUUGCGCUCACCGCAGUGUGACGUAUGAGAGGACAAUUUGCCGUCUGCACGAACGUUUUUCCUUAUCUUAUUUCUCUCCGAUAUUAAAAAUGUAACAUAUAAUAAAUUAGAUGUUGUACACGUGAUCGUCUAUAUUGUUAACAUCUCGAGUUUGAAGAUUAAA